CUUAUUUCUUAGGAUUUACUUAAGAAGAAUGAUUUCUUUUGUAUUGCACAAGUAGACAUAAUAUAUUUCACAGAAAUAUUUUCCUUUAUUAUUCGUAUUUAUAUGUGGCCUACGUUACGACUUACGCUUUCAUAAAAGACCUAUUCGAGCGAUGUGCAAUAGAGAAACGUGAAUAAAAUAAAUUUUUAAAAAAGAUAUAUUUAUAUAUAAAAUAACUGAAUAAAUAUUUUUUACAUAAGAAAAAUAUAUUUUAUAAUUAAAUAUAAAUAUACAUAUAUAUAGCGGUGUACAAGUAGGACUACAGAUAGUCAUCUGUUAACGAUUCUGCUGGCAGAGAUAAAUUUAAGAAAAUAACAUUAAAAUGGCCAUCAAAGAGAGUGAAAUUUCUAAUUUGGACGAAUUGAUAAAAAAUUUUAAGAUAUUAUGUUUGGUAAGAAAAGAACGGAAUAUUGACACUAUAUCAUCGCAACAAUCUGUUGCAUCUUACUCGGAACUCAAACAGGAACCUGCCAAUUGUAAAACGAAUGAUGAUUCUAAUCUAUAUAUACCUAAUGAUGUAUAUAAGGAGAUUAAUGCAUUUUUGAAGUGGCCAAUGAAUAAAAAAAAAGAUGUUCUUAAAGUGCGCAAGAAAAACAAUGUUAUUAACCAUUUUAAAACUACAUAUACAAUUGAAUUGCUUAACAUAGAAAAACAAAUAUUUACCAUUUCUAAAACAGCAAAAAUUAUAAUUAUAAAAAGUUUUGAAUUUUCAUGCAUAUGUAAAGAUUCUCAAGCGAGAUAUUGUUUUUUUUGCAACCAAAAAGUAUCUGAUAGUUUACAAAUGUUUUAUGAACAUAUACAUACUUUUACACAUAUACAAAAUCUUAAAAAAAUGAUAUUGCACCAUAAGUGCUUUGAUAUAGCAUUAAAGUAUAUGGAAGAAACUAAUAAUUAUUGGAAAUGUUAUAAGUGUGAAAUGUUAUUAUUAAAAUAUCAUGAGAAUAUGAAACUACAUAAUAGAAAUAAAACGGAUAAGAAAAUAUUUUCAGAUUGCUGUGAACAAUCCAAAAGUCAAUGUAACCUUCUUUUGAAAGAAUUUGACAACUAUUGGUAUAAUAUUCAUCAGUAUGCUUGUAUACCUUGUAAGAAACAAUUUAAAAUCAAAUUAAGUUUUUUAUACCAUAUUGAUAAUUUACAUAAACAUGCAAAAAAUAUUGUAUAUGAUUUCUGCUUACCAUGUGCAUUAUUAUGGAUUUCAAAUGGAAGAGAAUAUUGUUUUUCAUUUUCAAUACAUUGUAGGAAUGAAAUGCAUAAAUUUUUGAUAAAUAGCCUAGAUUUUGUAAUUGGAGAAUUACCUUCGCGUGCAAAAGAAUUACUUGAACACGUAGAAGAGACUGCAGAAAACUUAUUCAAAUUAUCAGAAACUGCAUUAAAAUCUGACUUAAUAGAAAAAAACUUUUUAAAUCCAUUAAAAUCUUUAUUAAAUACUGAAUUCCCUAGAUUAAAAAUGUAUCCAUUUGGAUCAAGAAUAGCAGGCUUAGGCUUUGCAAGUAGUGAUGUAGAUAUAUUUAUUGACUGUGAAGGGAUUGCAUAUGAAUGCAAUAACUACUAUAGAUUAUCAUCUAUAACAAAUUAUAUGGAUAUUAUCAAAAAAUGUUUACAGCAAGACAAAGAUAUAUGGGAUGUGCAAGAAAUAUUGAAAAAGUGUAGAGUACCUAUUAUAAAAUUAAGACAUAGACAAACUGGAUUACAAUGUGAUCUUUCCUUUUCUAAUGGCUUAUCGGUUGAAAAUACUAAAUUAAUUAAAUCCAUUAAUAAAGCAUGUCCACAAGGUAGAAAAUUAAUUUUAUUUGUUAAAAAGUGGCUAUCUCGCUGUACUUUACCCGGUUAUCAUUGUAUUACGAAUUAUGCUCUUGCCUGGCUUGUUAUAUUUUAUUUACAAAUUGAAAAGUUUUUACCAAGCAUUGAUACUUUAAUAAAGCGGAAAAAUAAAUCAAAACUUAUCUCUGGUUGGGAAACUGGAGUCGACCAUGACAUUCAAGAUAUAGUUGUGAACAAAUCUUUUGAUCAACUACUAAGAGAAUUUUUUACCUUUUAUGGUCAUUUUAAUUAUAGAGAUUAUGUUAUUUGUCCAUUAAUUGCUGAUACAGUAGAAAAAAAAUAUUUUAUAGAUAUUUUUAAAUUACCGAAAGCAAUGAAUCUUUACAUAGAAUAUAUUCAAGAAUCGGCCAUUAAUACAAACUUUCGUAUUGAUUCUUCAAUAUGUUUACAAGAUCCAUUUGACUUAUCACAUAAUUUAACAAAAGCUGUAGAACCUCUUACGUUAAGAGCUUUCAAAAAAUAUUGCAAACUAAGUGCAAAUAUUCUAAAUAACAUGAUAUAAUUAUAAUGUGAAAUAUAAAAAUAUACAUCAAAUAAAUAAUUCACAUUAUAACACUAAACAAUUUUUAUCGAUUGUUUUAUAAGCUAAAUUAUAGUCUUAAAAACAUAAAGAAAAUAAUAUUAUAAUAGUCAUAUAGCUUUGAUAAAUUACUCUACAUGCGUACAAUUUACAACAAUGUUAGUUAAUAAUGAUUGUUAAUGUUAACAUAUAUUUUCUAUAUUUGUAAAAUGUUUUACUACACGAAUAAAGAAUAUUUUCUUAUA